UCCGUUCUGGUUCUAGUGGGUUCUUGUGGACUUUUUUCGGUGUGUCAUCACGAUUGUAAAGUGAAGUGUUGUUGGAGCUCAAAGUGCUGACUGAGCUUGAAGGUGCCACGUAGCUAGCCGGCUAAGAGGCUGCUUCAGUGUAUGGGAAUACUUCUUCUUGACGCACCGCUGUUGAGACUAGCGCCCUGGUGCCAUGACGAGGACGUGUAAGAACUGUGGCAGCACGGACAUUGAUGUGGACCAUGCACGGGGUGACGCCGUCUGCAUGGCCUGCGGCUCCGUGCUGGAGGACAACAUCAUUGUUUCCGAGGUCGAGUUUGUAGAGACGGGAGGUGGAGGGUCGCUGGCUGUAGGACAGUUUGUGUCCUCAGAAGGUGGAGCAAAGCUUCCGUCUUUUGGAGAUGGUCACCUGGCCAGUGCGGGCAAGGAGUCGCGAGCUCAGACGCUGCAGAGAGCCAAGCAGCACAUCACCACGCUGGGGCAUCAGCUGCAGCUCAACCAACACUGUCUUGACACCGCCUUCAACUUCUACAAGAUGGCGCUCGCCAAGCACCUGACGAGCGGACGCAGGUCUGCGCACGUCAUGGCCGCCUGCAUCUACAUGGUGUGUCGCACCGAGGGAACUCCGCACAUGCUUUUGGACCUCAGUGACAUCUUACAGGUCAACGUGUACACUUUAGGGAGAACCUUCCUGGCCCUGUCCAAAGAGCUGUGCAUCAAGGCUCCAGCUAUAGACCCGUGCCUUUAUAUUCCACGCUUUGCCCAGCUGCUGGAAUUUGGCGAGAAGAACCAUGACGUGUCCAUGACAGCACUAAGGCUGGUUCAGAGGAUGAAGAGGGACUGGAUGCACACUGGACGAAGGCCCUCUGGACUCUGUGGAGCAGCACUUCUAGUGGCCGCUCGCAUGCACGACUUUCGCCGUACCAUCAAAGAAAUCAUUGACGUAGUGAAAGUGUGUGAAAACACGGUCAGAAAAAGACUGGCCGAGUUUGAAGACACGCCCACCAGUCUGCUGACCAUUGAGGAGUUCAAGAAGGUGGACCUAGACCAGGAGUGUGACCCGCCAUGCUACACUGCAGGGAUUAGAAAGAAAAAAGUCCAGCAGCUGGAAGUGGAGCUAAGGAAGAAGAUGGAUGACAUUGAAGGUGAGAUUGAAGGCUACCAGGACGAGAUUGACACCAAGCUGGAGAGCAGUCGACCCAAACUGAAAGGAAUUUACGCUGCUUAUGCCAAAGAAGCCAUCGAGAACGACCUGGAUGACGUCAUCUCAUCCUCCUCAAGGAUGGCGGAUGGCAAGGUAGACGACGAAGAGGAGGAAGAUGAUGUACUCCAGGCGGUGGCCAAGCAUUUUGGUAAGGAGCUGGCCGAGCUCACCGUGGAGUCGCUCAUCAAGUUGGAGCAGAAUGGGGCUGCUGAGGCGGAGGAUGAGGAGGACGCGCCCAAGCGGAAAGGCCCGUCUCUGGCGUCCAUCUUGGGGACGAGCUUACCCACAGCGGCUACGCUGGGCUUGAGCAAGCCCAUCGGCAGCUGUGCCAAAGGAGCGGAAGAAAAUGGUGACUCUGUUGAAGGCGGUGAGCUGGACCUUAGCGGCAUAGAUGACAGCGAGAUAGAGCUGUACCUGCUGAGUGACCAGGAGAUCCAAGUGAAGACGGCGCUGUGGAUGGCUGAAAACUCAGACUACCUGAAAGAGCAGAAAGCGAAGGAAGCCAAGAUAGCCAUGGAGAAGGAGCAAGGCAUCUACAAGGAGAAGAAGCCCCGAGCAAAGCCGAGGAGGCACGCACCGAUCAGAGCCAACACGGCCGACGAGGCCAUUGAGAAGAUGCUGGAGCAGAAGAAGAUCUCGUCCAAGAUCAAUUACGAUGUGCUGAAGGACCUCAACGUCAAGCCUGACGCCGCUAGCCCCGCACGCAGGGCCGAGUCUCCCAGAGGACAGAGCACCGCCAGGCUGAGCGGACGCAACCGAAGGCCUGUCCGUGCGCCGCUCAGCCUAAGCACGCCGCUCAGCUCGCUGGGAAAAAGGUUACAGCCAUUUGUCACAGGGCAGCCCAACAAGAAGAUGGCAAUGCAGCAGACUUCCAGCCCCGCCCCCCUUCCUGUGCCAGCCACCGCCCCCACACCCCCCUCCGUGCUGGUGGAGAGCGGCCCGGUGGUCUACGAAGACGGCGCAGCGGCGGAGGAGGAGGAGGAUGAGCAGGACGAGGAGACCUGUGUCAGCGCCAUGGAGCUGAUGGGCAGUCAAGAUUAUGGCUGCGAUGACUACGAUGACGCCUUCUAGCGAUGACUUCUUUUCCCGUUGGGGUCCACUUUGCACAUAUUCAACGUUUACAAACUGGGACACAAUCUUACCGCACUCUGAGAGACGCGGGUGAGAUGACUGAGAUGACAGUGGGGUGCCGUCACGCAAACGAGGGACUUAGGCGGCAACAUGACAUAAAAAUGUAUUUGCAUUUAAAACGACAAAAGGACGUCUCCUUCACAAUCUUUGAACCUGCACUUGACUAGACAUAAUCGCCAUAACAACAAGUGGCGGGAUUUCACAUUGUAAAUAAACACAAAGCUUCAAGUGGUUCAUGUGACACUGGCUCGGCUGUUUGAAACAGGAAGUAACAUGCGUCCACUUAAAGCUGCUGUGUGUCACCAUUUUUUGAAACCAAAAAGAACACUACAGGUAUAUAAUGUCCUGCUAUUCAACGCUGACAUGUUACCAAGAGUGGUUUAAGAGAACAGGUUGCGCAAAAAAUGUGUCAUCUUUCACAACUACAAGUUAAACUGUAGGAAAAAUGGAAUAAAUUGUCGUGCGGACUCACAGCUUUCUGGUGUUCGCGUACGCACCUAAAAGCAGUCUGACAGAGGCGAGCAACAAAUUGCAGUCACGUUGUUAUGACUGGCUACACAUUCAAUGAUGGCUAACGCUAGUAGCUAAACUUUGUCAUAUUGCUAUCACUAGCUGACAAACAAAUAUUGUGUGUGUGUAUUAUGCAGGGCAUGGCUAAGUAUUCAACACAGGAAGAGGGUGAGCAAUAAGAUGUAUAAUACACUGGAAAGUUAGCACACUCUAGGCAGCCGCUCUCUGUGACAUACAGCAGCUUUGAAGAAGAAGAGUGGCAAUGAUGGACCCUACCUGCUAGAGGUCCUGCGACAAACGCUGGCAGAAGGUUCCGUUAUUCGAAAGGAAGGUCAACAAUCUGUUUAGGUGAAAACCAUAAUCCAUACAGAGGCAAUCCUUAUUUAUUUAGCCCUUUAAUUCAUUUAUUUAUUAGCAUCUUAGGGAGCGUUUGUUUGAUGAUAUUCUGAAAAUGUUAUUUUCGCUCCUCGUGAAUUCUUUUUCUCCGGACUAGCUUCAAGGAUGUUGUCCAGCAAGCAGACAGGUUUUUUUUUUUUUUUUAAUAUUGAUAUUUAUUUAGGCUUUUAUAAUUUUUGUGUUGGAAAGAGGACACUGGAGAUGUGACAGUGAGGUCACAUGACAUGCAUGUAUGAACGGGAGGUGCUGGUAAAUAUAUGAAUAAUGAACACUGGUCUUAUUCUCUUUCUUUGACUGUUUUGUUGUCUCAAAUGGAAUAAUUCCAUCAGUGCACUACAGUAAGUAUUCUGUAUACACUGUGUGUUCCAGAGUGUGUGAAUUUUGACAGUGUAGUCCAUUUUUGUUGUCGUACAUUUACUGGAAAUGACAAUUACGAUAUUUAUUAUUCUUUUUAGUGGUGAAUUGCAGCCACUCGAGCAUU